AUGGGACAGCAAAACCCUCCCGCGGGGGCGUCCUCGGGCUCCCGCAAGAUCUCUUUCAAUGUAUCCGACCAAUAUGAGAUUCAAGACGUCAUUGGUGAAGGCGCCUACGGUGUCGUCUGCUCUGCCAUUCACAAGCCCUCCGGCCAGAAGGUUGCCAUCAAGAAGAUCACGCCAUUCGACCACUCCAUGUUCUGUCUGCGCACCCUGCGCGAGAUGAAGUUGCUGCGAUACUUUAAUCAUGAGAACAUUAUUUCCAUCUUGGAUAUCCAACGGCCCCGAAACUACGAGGGGUUCAAUGAAGUUUACCUGAUUCAAGAGCUAAUGGAAACCGACAUGCAUCGGGUUAUCCGCACACAAGACCUUUCAGACGACCACUGCCAAUACUUUAUCUAUCAGACCCUGCGUGCACUAAAGGCAAUGCACUCGGCCAACGUGCUCCACCGCGACUUGAAGCCUUCUAAUCUUCUCCUCAACGCCAACUGCGACCUGAAAGUCUGCGACUUUGGUCUUGCCCGUUCGGCGGCCUCUACUGACGACAAUUCCGGAUUCAUGACAGAAUAUGUGGCCACGCGUUGGUACCGCGCACCGGAGAUCAUGUUGACAUUCAAGGAAUACACCAAGGCCAUUGAUGUGUGGAGUGUUGGUUGCAUAUUGGCUGAAAUGCUGAGCGGGAAGCCUUUGUUCCCGGGCAAGGAUUAUCACCACCAGCUGACCCUUAUCCUGGAUGUCCUCGGUACCCCCACUAUGGAAGAUUACUACGGGAUCAAAUCCCGCCGUGCCCGUGAAUACAUCCGCUCCCUCCCAUUCAAGAAGAAGAUUCCCUUCGCCUCGCUCUUUCCCAAGAGCAACGCCUCGGCUCUGGAUCUGCUUGAGAAGCUACUUGCUUUCAACCCGGCCAAGCGUAUCACCGUCGAGGACGCCCUGCGCCACCCUUACCUCGAGCCGUACCACGAUCCCGAUGAUGAGCCUACUGCACCACCUAUUCCGGAUCAAUUCUUCGAUUUCGACAAGAACAAGGAUGCUCUGAGUAAGGAGCAGUUGAAGCUGUUGAUCUACGAGGAGAUCAUGCGUUAG